AUGCGACAACCGACGCAUGAAACAGAACACGAACUAACAGAACUCAAUUCUGCCUCCGAGAACCCCGAUGCGGGCGUCAGUCUCGCCUUUCCCGAUGGAGGGAAAGAGGCAUGGACUUGUCUGCUAGGCUCGGCACUGAUGAUGUUUCCGUCGUUUGGAUUUCAAACGGCCAUUGGAUCCGUCCAGGAUUACAUCAACACCCAUCAACUGGCAGAUUACACAGUUCGUGACGUGGGCUGGAUCACUGCCAUCCUGGUCUUUCUAACUCUGUUUCUGGGAGUCCAGGUCGGGCCCUUAUUUGACCGCUACGGGCCUCGGAUGCUGCUAAUCUGCGGCUCGUUGGCAAGUGUCAUUUCCUACUUCCUUCUGGCAGAGUGCACAAAAUACUGGCAUUUCAUGCUAUGUCUCAGUAUCCUGGGCGGGGUCUCCUCAGCCGUUGUGACAACAGUCUCCAUCGCCGUAUUGAGUCACUGGUUCUAUCGCCGUCGUGCACUUGCGUCUGGCCUCUGCAUGUCCGGAUCGUCGGCAGGGGGCGCUAUCAUUCCGCUACUGCUGCGGACGCUGUUCAAAGAAUACGGCUGGACAUGGUCGAUUCGAAUCAUCGCGUUCAUGGCUUUGGGUUGCUAUGCAGUAGGCAUUCUCCUGGUCAAGGGUCGAUUGCCCGUCGUCUCAGAGACAAAGGCACUGGUUGAUCUGCGAGCGUUCAAGUCUCCACGACUAUGUUUCCUUGCAGUCGCGGUGUUUGCAUUCGAAUUCAUCAUUUUCGGAUGUGCUGCGCUUCUGCCAACUUAUGUUCGGUACUCGGGUCUUGAUCUGGAUGUUCAGUUUUACUCACUUACUGUGCUGAACAGUAUGAGUCUUGUCGGCAGAGUUUUGCCUGGGGUGGCGGCAGAUCAGAUUGGUCGCUUUAAUAUUCUUCUCACACUGGCUUGUCUGACUUUGGUCAUUAUGGGGAGUGUCUGGAUUCCAUUUGGAUCGCGAGAUGCCGCUACUUUAUACGCCGUCGUGGCAAUUUUUGGGUUCGGGUCUGGUGGUUGGGUUUCUCUUGCUCCUGUUUGUGCGGGACAGCUUUGUCGCACAGAAGAAUAUGGCCGUUUCUAUGGCACCAUCUACUCCGUUGCUGCCUUUGGCGUGCUCUUGACGGUUCCGGUUGGCGGUGAGCUGCUGCAGUCGACCACUCCACAAGCUCUUGUCGGGUUCUACGCGGCGGUGCUAUUCAUUGGUCUAGUCUGUGUCGGUAUGUCACGUUGGGCAUUGCUAGGUUGGAACUGGAAGUGGAAGGUGAAGGUUUGA